AUGCUACCGAGCACACUGCGACGCCUAUCUAGCCUGUUCUCGAACCCGAAGACCUCCUUCCAGGUCCUGUCAGAUCUCCACUUAGACUACGAAUCACAAUACCUCACGUUCCACGUACCCGCUGCGGCGCCCUUCCUGAUACUUGCUGGAAACAUUGGCAGGCUUAUAGACUACGAGCUGUACCUGUGGUUUCUGAUUCGACGGUGUGGUCUUCAUGAGAAGGUAUUUCUGGUUCUCGGUCCUCUGGAGUUCCACGGCAUUAGCUGGAUGGACGGCUUACAGUUGGCGCACAAGAUGGAGAGAGAGCCUUCUCUGAAGGGGAAAUUGGAGAUACUAUACGAGACGGGAAGCGACGUGCCGGGUACGAACAUUACGCUGCUUGGUUGCACGCUGUGGAGUAACAUACCGAAUUCGGACGCACCUGCUGUGCUGCGAAAGAUGCCUGAAUUCAACAGGGAUACCGGUAUAGAGAUGUGGGACGUCGCCAAGCACAACUCGGAGCAUAAAAGGGACUUGAGGUGGCUCUUGGAUGCAGUCAACAGCCCCAAUGCAUCACCGAGUGGCGCGUUAGCACUGAAAUGUUUCGGAGCGUCAAAAGAUGAGCGACAAAUCGUCGUUGUCACGUCUUUCGCGCCAGAUCUACCUGGUUGUUUGGACUCCUGGCACGUGGAUGCGCCUUGGGCAUCAGCAUACGGGACCAAUCUGCUACAUGGCCCUCAUUUUCGCAACGUGAAGAUGUGGAUCUCGGCGAGGCGACACAAGAUCGUGAGCAACCAGCGGGGUCGAGAGGGCGAACAUGCAACUGGUCUUCUGAAAGCAGGCAUGUCCGAUAAGCAGAAGACCGGCCUAUUCGACGUCAUGCGGGUGGUGAAGAUUUAA